AAGAAACGUCAAAAUCAUAUCAAUGAACUCUGCUUCUGCUUCAUUGUUUGUUGUAUUUUUCGACGCGUAUCGUUUUUGUAUAUCGUGCUCGUAUUUUGGUAUCGGUAUAAUCUCCACGACUUAGGUCCUACAGUACACAAUGUCGUUCUAUCAUUUAAGCACCAAAGAGCGUUUACUGGCUAUUGUGGAUGAUAUCGAAAUCAUUGCAAAGGAACUGAUCGAGAACACGAUUGCACCGAAGCACCAAAAAAUGUCUAGCGCGGAUCAUUCCCAGCUGGUGGAACUGCUAGUCUCGAAAGAUAAGGAAAUGAAAUCAACCCUACAACUUGCCGCCGAACAGGCCGGGAUAGAAAAAAAGAUGGACGGUCUCCGUGAGCAAGUUAAAAAACAGGACGAAGAAAUCAACCAGCUGCAGAAGCAAUUGAAGGAAGCGGAGCACAUUCUUGCCACGUCAAUUUUCCAAGCCCGCCAAAAAUUAGCCAGUAUAUCAAAAGCAUCCAAGAAAACGGUUUCUUCUGAGGAAUUAAUUAAAUUUGCGCACCGAAUCAGUGCAUCCAAUGCGAUUUGCGCCCCACUAACCUGGCAGCAAGGUGAUCUGCGAAGACCCUACCCCACGGAUAUUGAAAUGCGGCUAGGCUUUUUGGGGAAAUCCGACUUAAGUAUUAACGGGCACAAUUUGCAGCAUCAGAAUAGUCUUAACGAGAUGCACCGGAACACAACGGCAGGUGGUAGUGCAACCGCUCCGGCGACCAGUGAGAUUCCGGUGUCGGCCCAGAACCAGUUUGCCUGGCAUCCUUCGGGUGAGUUGCAUAUGUCCAUGGGUACAGGUGCCGCAUCGGUACCGCUAGACACCCGUGCCCACAAGGAUGUAUCGCAGGACGACGUCGAAGUCAUGUCGACCGAUAGUUCCAGCUCGAGUUCGAGCGAUUCGCAGUGAGCAUAUUUGGGAUGAAAGAGGCAGGUAUCGAUUUCAUUCGUCGACAAUAUAGCAUAAGAAGAAUAUUUGUGGAACAGCUCUAAUAAAUUCU